AUGGCAUAUGACCUUCCGACCCGUCAGCGCUCUGAGUACGUUGGGGCAGAUGUGUUCCCUUCGUCCCUCUCUGAGGCUCCUACACUGUCGCCCACGGAGCAGACGCCAACGUUUGGACACCAAGAAUCGUCAGCGGGCGGCGUUCGUAAAGGAGCCUCCUUCUUUAACCGCGGUUUUAGAUUUACACGACCACAAGCAAGCGACAAAGAUGGAACAACGGGGCCGCUCGGUUUGAGAUCUUUGUUCUGUGCACCGGAACCUCUGAUAGACCUUGUCUUCGUGCACGGCCUGCGCGGUGGUUCUAUCAAGACAUGGCGUUUUGGGGAGGAUGAGCAGCUCUUCUGGCCUCGAUACUGGCUCGCAGAAGAGGCCGAAUUCGCCAAUACGUCUAUACACAGUUUCGGGUACGACAGCGAUUGGGGCAGCACGAAACCCAGUAUACUCAAUGUGAAUGAUUUUGGGCAGUCCUUAUACGAGGAACUUCGCACGUCACCUUUGCUAAGGCGCAAUUCAAAGAACAGCCCAAUUAUACUGGUUGGACAUUCAAUGGGUGGUCUCGUUAUCAAGAAGGCGUACAUUCUCGCCCAGAAUGAUCAGAAACAUCCUGAAUUAGCCCACCGGAUCCGGUGCAUCUUCUUCCUCGCGACACCGCAUCGAGGCUCAGAUUACGCAGCGGUACUGAAUAACGUCCUGAAGUAUUGCGGAGUGACCGGGCUCACCUCAUCGAGAGAGUAUAUUCAGGAUAUCACUACGGGAUCUGCCUCGACGCAGCUCAUUAAUAGCGAUUUUGCAAGGCAUGCAAAAGACUUAAUGGUAUACUCAUUCUGUGAGACUUUGCCGACUAUUGGUGGAUCGUCUGGAUUGAUCGUUGAGAAAGCUUCGGCGGUCUUAGGCCUAUACCCUGGGAAUGAGCAUAUCCAAUACCUACGCGCGAACCAUCGAGAAAUCUGCAAAUUUCGAACUAGACAAGACUCCAACUACAUCAUUCUGAGGAACGCCCUCGCGACUGCGGUCGAAGAUCUUAUACGCAACGUUACUACAACAAACGACCGGUCAACAAGAGACCAAAUGCGAGACGUUGAAGAUCUUCUUCGUGUUCGGUAUGUGCCAGAGGAACAUCAUGACAAGCUCGAAGGAUCCUGUCAGUGGAUUGAGGACAGGGAAGACUUUCGAACUUGGAUCGGAGUUGAGUAUAGAGACGAAACGGCGCGGAUGCAUCGUCCGUCAAUCUUCUGGGUGCAAGCACAGCCCGGAGCUGGGAAGACAGUACUCGCGACGCAUGUCAUUUCACAACUUACGUAUUUCCGCCUUUCACAUGCAUCGCAUUUCUUUCACUUUGGGAAGAAAUCGACACAGUCACUAGCAGGCCUACUACAAUCGCUCGCGCUCCAAAUGGCAAAUGCUAAUAAAGAGAUACGAGGAAAGCUCGCCGAAAUCCACGUCAAUGCCCCGUCAUUCGACCAAGAUGGUGCACACGCCAUCUGGCACAAGAUAUUCCUUGGAGGUAUCUUUCAAGUGUUCAUUUCUUCACCCCAGUUUUGGGUGAUUGAUGCAGUUGACGAAUGCGUCAGAUAUUCCGAGCUCGUCACUCUUCUGAAAAGCGCUCAGUCUCGAUUUCCUCUCAGAAUACUCCUGACUAGUCGCAGACUACCCGACAUGCCUCGACUGCUUCGCACAUUGGACAAUUGCGAAGUUGCAGUAGUUGAAAUUCCUGUCAACGACACAACUAAUGACAUCAACUUGUAUAUACGCAGUAGAAUCGCUGAUCUACCCGUUGACGAGGACAACGAGCGUGAAGAUCUCGCUCAGCAGAUAUUAGCCAAGUCGGGAACCUCCUUUUUGUGGGUUCGAUUGGUCAUGGACGAGCUCGAGGGUGUCUAUGGGUAUGACAGCAUAAAGCAAGUACUCCAAGGGAUACCGGAGGGUAUGUUGCAAUACUAUGCUCGAGCGGUGGCAGAAAUGAGCCAGAAAAAGAGGGAGCAGCACGUCGCCAAAGCAAUACUUUUAUGGGUAAUGUUGGCCACGCGACCGCUGUCUGUCUCCGAACUAUCCCAUGCUUUACAGCUCGACAUCGGCGUUCAUCUGCCUAGUGCUAAGUCUGCUAUCGAGGGUCUCUGUGGGCAGCUCGUGACCGUCGACGUCCACACUAACUUGGUACAACCGGUGCAUGCCACAGCCAGAGAGUUUAUCCUGUCUCAAGAAGCAGGAGAGUUCCAGGUGUCGAAGACUUGUGGACACGAGAAAAUUGCGUUGACUUGUCUUCGCCUUCUUACUGGACCGGACAUGCAACCACCUCGACAUCGACGCAUGCUGCUCCAGAAGCGAAUUAAACCAUCAACGUCCGUGUUGGCAGACUAUGCCAUUACGCAAUUUUCGGAACAUGUAGUCGAUGCAUCAACUGAAAGUGAUCAGCUUCUUCUGGCACUGCACAAGUUCUUGACAUUAACUGUUCUAACAUGGAUCGAAAAGAUCAUGGUUGAGAAGGAAGCAUAUCGCUUAUUCCGAACGGCCAAGAACCUCAAAGCAUAUCUAGGUCGAAGGGCAAAAUAUCACUCACCGCUGAACUGUUACGUCAGUACUAUCGCCGCAUGGGCUACCGAUCUUACUCGGAUUGUCUCAAGCUUCAGUCGUGCUCUAGUUAGGAGUCCUAACUCGGUGUACUUCCUUAUUCCUCCGCUUUGUCCAACACAGUCCGCGAUGUUUCAACAGUUUGGCAAGCCAACUGAUGGGUUGACUCUAUCAGGAUAUUGUCGGUCAGACUGGAGCGAUUGUGUCGCGAGCAUCCGCUUCGAGGAGGAAACGGCGGCUGCGGUGGGAUGUGACAACAGUCUUAUUGCUGUUGGCAUGGAGUCUGGCGCUCUCCACAUGUACAACUCCCGAAGCUACCAGAAAGAGAUGACUAUUGUCACCACCUUCCCAGUAGAAAAAAUUCACUUUGAUAUGUCAGGGUCUUUCGUGGCAGCGUCUGGUCGAAAGUUCCUUGGUCUGUGGGACACCAAUGGUACCAUGCGAUGGAAGGUACGAGUUCGACAUCGCUGCAUACUUCUGGAAUCUUCACAGGACACUUUGAUAGGGAUCACCCCACAGGGCCGCUCCUAUCACUGGGACAUCGACACCGGCGCGCUUAUACACGAGCAGACCUACACGUAUCGCGCCCCUGCAUCAGACACUUUCCCUGAGGCUAGCGUCGGAAAAGCGCCCUCUGCUGCAUCACUAUCGCCAGGAUUUGAGUUGCUUGCUCUGGCCUAUCGAAACAGUCCCGUUUGUAUCUUUGAUUGCAACGGCGGCGAUCUCAUUGGAUGGGCGAUUGAUCAGAACAAUCGAGCUGCCGAACAGAUUCUCUUCAACCCAAAUCCGGACGUAGGUCUUCUACUUGUCGCAUAUAACGAAUCUCACCUUGCUCUGUAUGACUCAUGGUCUGGACAGUUGAUAGAGAGCGCGGAGGCCGAAAGUCAUGUCAUCCUCAACUCGAUCACCUGCUCGCCUGACGGUCGCACAUUUGCCUCUGUGGACAUCCGGGGUCACUUGCGAAUAUGGGAUUUUGAGUCGCUUACGCUACUCUAUCAUGUCCUAACUCCGAAUAACUCCUUCAGUCUAUUGCAUUUUACGCCCGACGGUCUUGGCCUUUUCCAUGUGGUAGACCAUGAGCUCAAGGUGUGGGCGCCUUCCGCACUAGUAAGGCGGACAAUAGAGGAAGAGGCUAGCUUCAGUGAUCAAAGUCCUGUUCUCCCGGUAACCGAAGGUCAGUUUGAAAAGUUCCAGGCAUCAAAGAUCAGGACUCUGAUCGCGCAUCCACUGUGGCCGAUCUUCUUUGCUGGCAAUCACAAUGGAGACGUGAUAAUAUACCAGUCCAGCGGCGGCCACCAGCCUUCGACUCUUUACACGCACAGUGGAAACAUCAUCCGGUGCCUUGCCUCAAGCAGGCAUAACGUUAUCGCUUCUGCAGAUAUACAUGCGAACUUACAAGUUCGGUACUUCGAUUCCGUAAAGUCCAGAUCAUUGCAGAUAGAGGACUCUUUGAUCGACACGAAAUUGAGCUCUCCGGUCACACAACUCGUGUUUGAUGUUUCUGGGAUGUACCUACUAGUGUCAACCAUCAGUUCAGACUAUGUAUACAGUAUCGAAGAGAGGGUCUGUAUCGGGAUACAGAAUUCUUUGGUUUACGAUCGAACCGCCAGUAAAUGGUUUGUUGCUACGGAACAGGACUAUCGCGACCAUUUUCUCCUCUUAGCUAAUGGAACGUUGACGGCUUACCCAAUCCGAGACUUCUCUGCGGCUUCAAGAAUAAUUUGUGGGACGUCAAAUGUUUUCGCAGAGGCUAAUAUCAAGUCGAUCACGAGUCUACCAGGAACGUUUUCCGUCGUCGUCGAGAUACAGCAUGCGCAAUCACAUAUCGUGUCGAGCUCUGUGCUCACGCUUCCACACUGGAUUGCCCCGGCAUCCGAUGCCACAAUCACCCCCAUACCGACGGAUUUAUGCACUCAGUUUCUUGGCGCUAGUGGAGCAAGCAAGCGUGUAAUGUUCCUGCAUCGAUCAUCGUGGGUAUGCUCCGCCGACUUAAUGGAGCUUGAGGCGGGACAGUACUUGGAACACUUUUUCGUUCCUGAAGAGUACAACUCCCUAAACAGCGAUGUAAAUAGUGGUGUACAUCCAGUCCAAACUUCCGAUGGAGAUUUCGCAUUCUGUAUGUAUGACAAAGUCGUGGUGAUCAAAGGAGGGUUGAAGUUUCAGAAAUCGAAGUACUGCCCUGUCCAGUAG